UUCACUCUUCUUCUGGAAUUCUAAUCAGUUUGAUUUCUUUUGAACAGGCAUAAAAGGGGUCUUUGAAUUGAACUGUGUGAUUCACACUGCUAGUAUAGGUCACUGCUUGUGACAAUGAAGAAGGUCUUUGAUCAAACUGUUAGGGACAUUAAAAGAGAAGUUAAUAAGAAAGUGCUUAAAGUUCCUGGAAUAGAACAGAAGAUUCUUGAUGCAACUAGCAAUGAGCCCUGGGGUCCUCAUGGAACUCUCCUUGCAGAUAUUGCACAUGCUACCAGAAAUUAUCAUGAAUACCAGAUGAUCAUGGCAGUAAUCUGGAAACGGAUAAAUGAUACCGGCAAGAACUGGCGGCAUGUCUACAAGGCUUUGACUGUAUUGGAAUACCUUGUUGCUAACGGAUCAGAGCGUGUCAUAGAUGAGAUAAGGGAACAUGCAUACCAAAUAUCGACAUUGGCAGAUUUCCAGUAUAUUGAUUCUAGUGGAAGGGACCAGGGUAGCAAUGUCAGAAAGAAAUCUCAAAGUCUUGUGGUCUUGGUGAAUGAUAAAGAAAGAAUAAUUGAAGUUAGACAAAAGGCUGCUGCUAAUCGGGACAAGUUCCGCAACAUGUCAGCUGGUGGAAUGUAUAGACCCAGUUCAUAUUCAAGUACCGGAGGAUAUGGUGACAAAUAUGACGAUGACCGUUAUGAAGGCCGCUAUGGAAGCAGGGAUGAAGAUCGUAAUGGAUAUGGCAAUGGGAGAGAACGAGAAUACAACUAUAGGGAUGAUGAUAGAUAUGGUAGAUAUGGGGACUCGUAUGGUCGUGACGGAGAUCGUUAUGGCAGAGAUUAUGAGGAACGCUACAGCAGAGAUGGAUACAGGGAAGAUGAUUACCACGGAAGAAGUCAAAGGAUUGAUGAUUAUGGCUCAAGAAGCAGGAGUUCUGAUAGAGACCGUGGUUUUGACGAUGAUGUUCAAUCCUCAUCUCGUGGUAGUGGUGCUAGAGCUGAUGAUCAAUCUCAGGAUGGAAGCAUUGCCAGGCGGCUUGAACGAAAAUUUUCUGAACAGAAUAUUGCUCCUCCUAGUUAUGAAGAAGCUGUAAGUGAAUCCCGGAGCCCUGCACAAGGUGAAAGGAAUGGAGAAACUUCAACUGCAUCUGCUCCUGGAGUUUCUUCUCCAGCAGCACCUAGAGCUUCCUCUCCACCUGCACCCAGAGCUGCUUCUCCCUCUGCAAGCAAUAAUCAAAGUCAAACAACUACUGUUUUGAGUGCACCUGUAACUCCUGUUGGCCAGGCAUUCGAGGUGGCUGAUGAAUUUGAUCCACGUGGUCCUGGUUCAGCUGCUUCUGCUGUUGCUACUACCUCAAACAAUGAUGAAGAUUUACUCGGCUCUCUGUCAGAUUCAUUUACUGCAAAUCCAUUGGCCAUCAUGCCAGUGACCUCUGCAACUACAACCUCUGAAGCUGAUGCCCCUGCAAACUUUUCAGGAUCGACAUUUGCUGCAACACAGCCAGCAUCUAAUGUUAUGAAUCAGUCAUUCGAAGAUCCAUUUGGUGACUCUCCAUUUAAGGCUAUCCCUUCCGCCGAUGAUGCUAUCUCAGCUCAACAGCAGACUUCUACCUCUGUAGUCGCUUUCCAGCCUACUAUGAAUCAAAAUGCUGAAAUGCCGCCAGCAGUGCCACUAGACGCAGUGAAUAACUUUGACUUUGGAGACACAUUAUCUGGCCUGACUUAUUCAGCACCCAAUGUUCAACCAACCUCUACAAACUCACAGUUUAUCCCUCAGGAACUUUCAACUUCACAGCAGGAAACUGAUAUUCUGGCAGAUAUCCUCCCACCAUCCAGUCCUUCACCUGCAGUAGCAGCACACACAGGUUUCUCAGAUGUGGCUGGUCAACCUGUAGAGCCAAAUGCUAGUAUUUAUGGAUACUACAAUUCACAGGCAGGAUCUGUGGCACCAGUAGCUCCAAACAUGGGUGCUCAGCCUUCACAAUUCAACAGUGGGAAUUUCCUCCCACAUGGAGGAUCUACGGCUCCUUUCCCUUCAAACGUGGCUCAACAAACUCCAGCUGGACCUGGGUCACAAUUUAACAAUGGAAAUUUACUUCCACAGCAAAGUUCUCUAGCCACAGUUGUCUCACCCACUUCUCACCAUCUGGCAAGUGGACCAGCUCCACAGUUUAGCAAUGGAAAUUUUCUCCCGCAACAAGGCUCUGCUACCCCAAUAGCUCACCAUACCACAAGUGGGCCAACUCUACAGUUAAACAAUGCAAACUUUCUCCCACAACAGGGCUCUGUUGCCCCAGCAGUCUCGCAAGCUGCUUACCAUGCAACGGGACCAACUCCACAGUUUAACAAUGGAAACCUUUUCCCACAACAGGGUUCUGCUGCCCCAGUAGGCUUACAAGUUGCUCAUCAAAAUGCAAUAGGACCAACUCCACAGUUUAACAAUGAAAACAUUUUGCCACAAGGCUCUACUGCCCCUGUUGCUUCACAAGUUGGCUAUCAAGCUUCAACUGGAUCUGCUGCUCAACCUGUAACUGAUGUCCUAGGCAACUUUUUUUCAAAAGGGUCAAACACAUCCGUGGCAUCUCAGCCAGCUCUUCCAUCUUCAACAGGAUCACUUGCAAUAGUUCCUCAACCAUCAAAGGACAAAUUUGAGACCAAGUCAACAGUUUGGGCAGAUACACUGAACAGAGGGCUAGUCAACUUGAAUAUUUCUGGCCCUAAAAUCAAUCCAUUGUCUGACAUUGGAAUUGAUUUUGAUGCUAUUAAUCGCAAGGAGAAGAGAAUGGAAAAACCAACAACAGCUGCUGUUACAUCUACCGUCACAAUGGGUAAAGCUAUGGGAUCUGGUUCUGGUAUAGGCCGAGCAGGUGCAAGUGCUCUUAGGGCUUCUCCAAAUCCUACGAUGAGUCCUGGCAUGGGAAUGGGUGCAGGCAUGAAUAUGGGAAUGGGUAUGGGCAUGGGUGGAGGUCGAGGCAUGGGAGGUUAUGGAGGCCUGAAUCAACCCAUGGGAAUGGGGAUGGGCAUGAAUCAACCCAUGGGAAUGGGCAUGAACCAACCCAUGGGAAUGGGAAUGGGGAUGGGUGUGAACCAACCCACGGGUAUGGGAAUGGGAAUGGGGAUGGGGAUGGGUAUGGGAAUGGGAAUGGGGAUGGGGAUGGGUAUGGGGCAAGGUGGCUAUACGCAACCUCCUGGAUCAUCCAUGCCUGGUGGUUAUAAUGCCAUGAUGGGCACAGGUGGUUAUACUCAACAGCCAUAUGGUGGAGGAUAUCGAUGAGAUAGAUCCACUUUGUGAUGAUGUUGAAGUGUUAUGAAAUAUCAGUUGUCUUUGAGACACAGAUGGCAUAGCACCCAGUGUUACAGUUGAACAUGCAUAGUAGUCUCAUAUAUGGUCUAGGAUGUAUUUUGGGUCAUAGUUGUAACAUUAUGACAUGCAGCUUGAUGUGUAUCCAUCAGCCUCAAUAUCUCACUAUUGGUUGCAAUAUCAUUCAUUUUGGGUCGGAAGAGUUGGUUUAGGUGCAUUGCUGAUUUCAGCUGUUGUGAAUUUGUAAUAUGGUGAGGAUAACUUUUCUCGUUGUCGACCCUCAAAUUUUUUUACUUGUAGCUUGUCAGAUAUAUUCUGUGCUUGGCUAUUCAAAAAACAAUAAAUCUAAAAAUUCAUUUGUCUA